AUAUAUGACUAGUAAUUAACACAGAUGAUUAGGCUAAAAAAUAUUUACUGAUAAUAAUAGUAAUAAUAAAGCGAGCUUUGUUUCAAAUAUCGAUUCCUAAAUUUUGUAUACACUAAGAAUAAUUUAUGAUAUUAGUCCAAGUGUUAAUUAUCUAGCUUGUUAUUAUUAUUCAAUUCUUCAGGCCUCAUAUAUAAAUUAAAAGAUCAUUCGAUCGUGGUAGCUCUACCACUUGCAAAUUAACAUUUUUUGAGCUAAGUGAUUUUUGCCUCAGACUAGAAACAAGAUGAGUUUAUAUUUGUGGCGUUUUAUAUUUUUAAUUUGUGUAUUAAUUCAGACCUGCGAAAUAAAUACAGAAGAAAUAAACCAAGAUGGAAGUUUACUAGCGAAGCUAUUUCGUUUUGGGGCUGAUUGGAAAUUAAAAGCCUCUGAUGAAAUUGAUGGUGUAGUCGGUCAGUUCAAAAGUGUUCUAGGAUCUGGAAGCGGGUCACUCUUCUCUAAUCUUCGACAAAUAAUAGAAGCAGCUUCAUCUGGUAUCCAAAACAGUGACACUGCAGUCAAAAGCGGUCUGGAAGCUGCGAAAAAUGCAGCGCUGACCAGCUACUACGCUGGAAGAGCUGCUCCGAAGACAGCAGUGGACUUGACCAACGUCGGGAUGAAAUCCCUCGAAAAUCUUAUGAAAAAUUCGCUUUCACCCCUAGGAGUUUCUGGAAAAAAAGUCAAGCAAGUAGUUGUUCUCUAUGAGGACGGAUCCGUCGAACCUGUUUCCGAUGUCGAUAAUUCAUUGCCUUUGUUCGCAGCUGGCCCUUGAUCGGAGAUCUACCGUUAACUUUGUAACUUUAUCUAAAUAUUAAAUUUAAUUGAAGCCUGGAGUGUAAUUUUAAGAUAAAUAAAAUGUUUCUGAUUAUGAUAAUAA